AAUGCGUGCGCACAUGAUUACUCAUACAGGCGCAACGUUGCGCUGUUGACAUUUAAGUGUAAUAAAAUGGUUGCCGUUUCAUAAAGCGUUGCGUUUAAAAAAUUACUGUGCGUGCACUGCAUUUCCACUUUUGACUGAUACAUGUCUCAAGAUAAGAUGGACCAAACCAGACCCGAGCCAAAUACCGAAAGCCAGACGAUUGCUCCGUCGGAAAUAACGAUUGAUAAUAGCCACAUUUCGACUCCAACGGUCCCCAGCAUUGUUUUUGUCCCCACAAGUUCUUCAAGUGACGAUAUUCCACCCCCCAAAGCUGAUUUUUACGCACCACCCCCUUACGAAGUUGCCACCAAAACCACUAAACUACCCACGUAUGAAGAGGUACAAAGGGAGAAAAAUCUCGAGGAGCAAAAUGUUCCAAUAAACACGUUACCGCCAAGACUCUCACAGUAUAGGGCGCCAGGACAGAGGAUUCUCACAAUUGAGAAUGAAUCAAACGAAGACGUGGACACCAGUUUAUUGGGAACGGACUUCAUGUUCUACAUCGCUUUUUUUGUUGCGUUCAUUUUCAACUGGAUUGGAUUUUUACUGUUGAUGUGCUUUUGCCACACGAUUGCGUCGAGGUACGGCGCCUUGUCGGGAUUCGGUUUGUCCCUCGCAAAGUGGACAUUUAUUGUCCAGCAUUCAACAGACCUAGCGUCAAAAGACAACAGCUGGCUCUGGUGGUUAAUAAUGACCUUCGGGUUAAUUAUUUGCAUACGUGCGAUCCUUCAGUAUUUGAGCAUAAAGAGGGGGUGGCACAUGCUGUCGGCAAGCCACCAGGAGAGACUUUUAUUUUUUUAUUAAGCUCUAGAAAUCAAAUAUUUAUAAAUGUGAUUAAUAAAAUGCUUAGAUAUUGUACAAUCUCAAAAGUCAUUCCUAUGAUUUUUUAUUUUUACUGCACACAAAUGAAUGUACAACUGAAUUAGUAAUAGCUAACUGUUCGACACUUUAAAAGCGAUAAAUAAAACUUAGUGUGAUAUACUUUAAA